GCACGAGAACGGGUUUUGACAACAAAAACCGAAAAACGCCGCAAAUAGUUGCAUAAUCUACCCUGCUAUCGAUACGGCAGUUCUUCUAGUAAGUAUGAAGUCUCUUUUGCUGUGUUUAACCUUGUUGGGAAUUACAUGUGCUUUCAGAUUUCCCACUCGCAAAGACGGCAAAGGUUGUUAUCAGCCAAGUUUUGACAAAGGCAUCAAGGAAGUUGUGUGAGUAAAUAAUUUCUGGUGUGUUCUGCUUUCCAGAUUUCCUUCAGUUUCUUUGGUAAGAGGCGUACCUUUUCUGAAAGAAACAGAUCAAACUGUAUAACUUGAAGUGUGAGCGUGUUUUUUUCUGCGCAGGGACUUGUCAUGUUAUAGCGUGUCUUCAACUCUGAAAUGACCAACAGUUAUCGGAGCUAUAAAUUUUAAACUGAGAUCAGACUUAGCUGAAGCUGUUUAGCCAAAUCGAGAUAGAAAUCGAAAAUGAUGAAUACGAUAAGUUACCGUUUUAAAGAGCGAAAUGUUUUUUCAACGAGAUUCCUCUCAAACGUCGAAAAUGCCUUCUGAAGAUGAUUUUCGCUGAAUCAUUGGCGAGAUAUGACGUCAAACAAUGUUUUGUCAGUAAAUGCCCGUUGGUAAGAUAACGGCGUAAUAUGGCCCCUUAAAAGAAAUCGGGCUUGUACAGGAUUUAGCGAGAUUUCCCUAUUUCAAUGAUAUUCUAAAACAGAGCCUCAGUUUGGCAAAAUUUCCGCGCAGCCCCAUACGUCAUUAUGCAUACAUAUACGGGGCUUUAUUAUUCAGUGUAUCACUAAUUAGAUGUGCAUGCAUAAGGAAGUAUGGGCUGUGCGGAAAUUUUUCCCUCAGUUCUAAAGGAAUCUUAGUGUUUUUGCCAUUGUUUGCUUUCAUUAAAGAACUGUACAUAAUGUAAUAUGUGGUUAUGCAAAGACCUAGUAAAAGAUGUCAUCUGCAUGCUGCUUUAACUCAUGCAUUAAUGCUGUACAACCUAUCUUCAAUUUUAAACAGGAAAACUCCACGGCCCCAUGAGUACCUGAGUACAGGAUCAAUUCCCAAACAGUGGGAUUGGAGAGAUGUUCCUGGAAAAGGUAACUUUGCCAGUGUUACACGUAAUCAACACAUCCCUCAGUACUGUGGCUCCUGUUGGGCUCAGGGAACAACUAGUGCAAUGUCAGAUAGAAUCAACAUCAUGCGCAAGGGGAAAUGGCCUAGCAACCUCCUGUCAGUUCAGAAUGUCCUGGACUGUGGUAAGAAAAUUUUGAUUGUUAUCUCAAAUAUCUUAAACUUCUUGUAUAUUGAACUCUUCAUUUUAAUCAAUAUUCGCAAUUGAGAGAAAAACUGUUCAAAAUUGGAAACACCAUGAAAUGAAAAAAUUUGUUUACUUAAAAUCAAAACAAUGGUAAACACCAUGACACAUAGGAAAAAUGGUCAUACCACACAAAGCCAGUGGGAUCUCAUUUUAUAUAAAAACUGUUCCAAAUGCAGAAAUAUUACACAACUGAAGAUCAGAAUUGAGGCAAAUUGAAGAGGCAUAGGUUUCCUUCAGAGAGGCAAACAAAAUAAAUGAAAACUCUCAUGAACUACUAUUACACCCAAACAUCAUCAUGCCUAUUCUCCAUACUGGUCUCUAUACAUUUCCAAAGGUGCUGACAAGGAGAAUUUGUCUAAUGAUCAAUAGCUUCUUUAGCUUUAGUUGGUGAUCAUUACUUUCAUUCUUUUGACUUAAAUGUGUGAUUCGGGGGUGGUAUUGUUUGGAGCUAAAGGGUUAGUGAUUAUUUUUGUCUUAAUCGUCAACAGGCAAUGCUGGCACAUGUCAUGGUGGUGGUAUGAUUGGUGUGUAUCAUUACGCUCAUGAAAAGGGAAUACCUAGUGAAACAUGCAACAAUUAUCAAGCCAAGGACCAGAGUUGUACAGAUUUCAACCAGUGUGGUACCUGCACCACAUUUGGUGAAUGUCAUGUCAUUAAGAACUACACUUCAUGGAAAGUCAGUGAAUUUGGUGAGAGAAUCAUUUGAAGAUGGAAUUAUGAAUUAUGUAAUACUUAAAAAAAUUUGGUGAAAUAAUGAUUUUCAUUCAGUACACAUUUUACCACUUUUGACCGAGGUGAUGCACAUUUACUGAAUUGGUUAUUCUUGUUGAGGUCUAGUCUUUGUUUCCAACACUGUUAAGAACUUCAAGUACAUCAAUGCAAUGUUUUCACUUCACAUUCUAAUGUUUUGUAGUAAUGAUACUUACCUAUUACCUCUGGUAUCAGUAACAGGAAAAUUCCUAAUCAGUGUAACUUUAUCAAUACAAGGAAUCAAACAUGUAGGUUCUACUGUAGUAUCAUGGCUUCAGCAAAUCUUAAUGUGCCAUUCUGUCACUAGCUUGGGGAGAUGUGGGUCAGAUUCUAGUGGUAUGAUUUUGGCCUGAUUAGUAGGGCAGAUUAGCUUAGAAGUUUUGUUGAACAUUUUGUGCUUCUUUGCUUAACAAAUUUUAUAAAUGCUUUCUCAGGGAGAGUGAAAGGACGUGAAAAGAUGAUGGCUGAAAUUUAUGCCAGAGGUCCUAUUGCCUGUGGUAUCAUGGCCACUCCAAGCUUGGAAAAGUACCAAGGAGGAAUCUACAGUGAAUACAACCCAAGCCCAGAGAUAAACCACAUUAUAUCAGUUGCUGGUUGGGGUGUGGAAAAUGGCACAGAAUACUGGAUUGUGCGAAACUCCUGGGGUACUCCAUGGGGAGAGGAGGGCUGGUUGAGAAUUGUAACAUCAGCAUACAAAGGUGGAGAAGGUGGAGACUACAAUCUGGCCAUUGAGGAAGAUUGUGCAUUUGCUGUUCCCAUUGUUGAAAAAUAGGGCUUAUCACCAGAUAUGACCAUUCUCCCAACAUUUAAGUGGAGUGAUUUUUGGAAUAACAUUAAUUGUUUGAUAAAAGUUUGGUUAGCCUUUUUAUUUUAUCUUCUCUUUAAAUGUACUUGUAAAAGAUUUAUCCUUGUUUGUUUAAAAUUAUUUCAUCCAUUUUGCACAUUUUAAAAAAAAAGGUUUGAAAUGGUUUAAAAUUUUAAGCAAUUAAAACAGUUUUACUUGUUUCAUUGUUCAAUAUCCUGUACCUCUUUUGACUUUGU